CAGUCUUACAAAAAAUAAGGAAGUAUAUUUUUGACGACGUUACAUGUUUCACUCAGCUGAUCUGUUUCGUUUUUAAAAAAUAUUCCGUUUAUGUGAAGGGGAUGAGCGCGUGAAACUUAUGUAGUCAACUGUUGAACGAGCUCGCGGGAAACUAAACCAAUGAAGUCUGUAGCCGCAACUGUUUCCUCGAUCAUCGCUGUUGUUGUUUUGUUUCGCGCAUUGUAUGUUGCGGCCAACACAGUGAUCUCUGUUGAAAAUGAUGUCCAGUCUAUACUUAUUGCUUUGGAGUUGUCCCAUGUGGCCCAAAGGGUGGAUGAAAGGUUUCUCUCUGUGGCUAUAGAUGCGAGUUUAAUCGCCGAGGAGAAGUUUAUGAACCUACUAAAUUCACCAAAAUUAAGGACCCUUGCCAAAGCUUUGAUUCCUGCCUUCCUGCGAUUUGGAGGGACUAAACAAGAUUUCAUGAAGUUCAACCCACAGGGAAGAUAUUUUCAAGGAAGAGAAAACAGUAGCGAAGCCUUUCACUAUUUGGGAGAUUCAUGCAAGAGACUUGAGUUACCUCCAUUUCUUGAAAAUAGCUUGAAGCAAGAAUGGGCCCUACAUUCAAAGAUUUUACUUCAGGAGGAGCUGGAGGGAAAAUACAGAAAAACGAAAUUUUCUCAAUAUGCAGUUGACCUGCUUUACGCUUUUGCAAACUGCUCUGGUUUGGACCUCAUUUUUGGUCUGAAUGCCUUGCUCCGAACAAGCGAAAACUCGUGGAACAGCCAAAAUGCUGAAUUGCUGUUGAAGUACUGUGGGUCCAGGCAGUAUGUAAUGUCCUGGGAGCUUGGAAAUGAACCCAACAGCUAUGAGAAAAAGGCUGGGAUCAGAGUGGAUGGGUACCAGCUCGGUCAGGACUUUGUCCAUUUGCAUCAAAUUCUUCAGAAAUCCACACUUUAUCACUCAACAGCACUCUAUGGACCAGAUAUCAGUCAACCGCGAGAUCACCGCAAAGAUUUGCUAACUGGGUUUUUGGAGACUGGAGCAGCGGCCAUUAAUGCAUGCACCUGGCACCACUAUUAUGUGAAUGGCCGAGACACAUCUUUGGAGGAUUUCCUUGACCCUCGAGUGCUUGAUACCCUGGCAUCAAAAAUUAACCAGGUCCUCAAGACCGUUCAAUCUGUUUCUCCGGGAAAGAAAGUUUGGCUGGGCGAGACGAGCUCUGCUUACGGUGGUGGAGCCAUUGGCCUCUCUGACACAUUUGUUGCUGGUUUUAUGUGGUUGGACAAACUGGGGCUUGGUGCAAAGCUAGGUUUAGACGUCAUUAUCAGACAAGUGUUGAUUGGCUCUGGCACAUACCAUUUAGUGGAUGAUAAUCUAGAUCCACUUCCAGAUUACUGGCUAUCAUUGUUAUACAAAAGGCUUGUUGGUCCAGAGGUCUUAAAAGCGGAAGUUCAUACAAAUUCAGGAUUUAAAAAGCAAAUACGGGUAUACCUUCACUGCACUAACAGAAAAAGUACUAAUUACAGACAAGGUGCUGUGACUUUAUUUGCCUUAAACUUAAACAAAAGUCAAGCUACCAUUAGUCUGCCCACCCAUAUAUCCAACAGCACAAUUGAAGCCUUUAUACUGCAGGCGGCUGAGCCAGGUGAAGAGGGCCUUUAUUCAAGGUCAGUCAAAUUAAAUGGAAAAGUGCUAACGAUGGUCGAUGACCGAACCCUUCCACCACUGCAGGGAUCUGAGCUGCCUCCUGGAGAACAGAUCCAGCUGCCCGGGUUCUCGUUUGCAUUCUAUGUUCUGACUCAAGCACAAGCUCCAGCAUGCAAAUGAACUCACUCAAAAACACUGUUUUCAUUGUCUGGAGAAUCAGGACACAGAAUAUUUUAUGAAAAAAUAUGACAGAAUAUUUUGUUGCGAAAUCACUCUUUGUAAAUGUAAAUAUGAAUGUCACUUUUUUUUAAUUUUUUUUAUUGUGUUGAAAUUAGAAAGCAGUGUUUUUAUUUAUGAAAAUUCAUAUUUAUUAACAUUAUUGAGCUUGAGAUGCCAAAAAAAUACUGAAUAAUCAAUCAUUUAUGAACAGCUUGUUAAAGGAAUAGUUCACCUAAAAAUGAAAAUUCUCAUUUACUCACUUUCUUGCCAUCCCAGAUGUGUGACUUUAUUCUGCUGAACACAAACACAGAUUUAUAGAAGAAUAUUUCAGCUCUAUAGGUCCAUACAAUGCAAGUGAAUGGAUACCAAAACUUUGAAGCACAUAAAGGCAGCAUAAAAGUAUUCUACAUGACUCCAGUGGUUAAAUCCAUCUCUUCAGAAGCUAAAUAAGUCUGGGUGAGAACCAGAUCAAUAUAAAGUUCUUUUUUGCUAUAAAUGUUCACUUUCACCAGCCCUCCUAAGCUCUAUCUACUCUCCUAAGAGUUAUUCUUAUGUUUUUGAUGAUUCACAUUCUUUAUGCAUAUUGCCACCUACUGGACAGGGAGGAGAAUUUUUUAGUGAAAAGGGAGUUAAAAAUGUAUGUUUGUCACCCACAGCUAUCAUGUCGCUUCUGAAGAUGUGGAUUUAACCUCUGAAGUCAAAUGGAUUAAUUUUAUGCUGCCUUUAUGUGCUUUUGGAGCUUCAAAGUUCUGGCCACCAUUCAUUUGCAUAGAAUGGACCAACAGAGCUGUGAUAUUUUCUAAAAAUCAUUGUUUGUGUUCAGUAGAAGACAGAAUGUCAUCCACAUCUGAGAUGGCAUGGGGGUAUGUCAGUGAUCAGAGAAUUUUCAUUUUUGGGUGAACCUUUAAUGAAGUGGAAAAACAUUGGACUUAUUUUGAUUUUCAAAUAAACCAAUUUUCUGCAGUGA